CCGUUCGCCCCGGUGCUGAUUGGCCCGUGGCUCUACCGAGAGGAAAACGCCGGGAGCCGCGAGAUCACCAACACUGCAAACACCAACCACGCAAACCUCUUUCUUUUCUUCGCUGCCCACUCCUCCCCCCCCCCAACAGCUGAUCUCCAUCUCAAUCCUCAAUCAAGCGCUAGCUUCACCUUCACCUUCACCCUCACAAUGUUCCGCUCUGCCGUGGUGCGCUCCCUGCGAGCCUCGAUUCCCCGAGCUGUCCGGGCCUCUGCUCCCUACCAGACCAAGAUCGCCCCUGCUGCUCGCCCAUCGCAGAUUGUCCCUGCUUUCCAGUCUCAAUCCAUUCGCUUCUACUCGGCCCCCGCUGGCCUGUCCAAGGAUGAGGUCGAGGGCCGCAUAGUCAACUUGCUGAAGAACUUUGAGAAGGUCUCCGAUGCUAGCAAGCUCAGCGGUGUUGCUCACUUCACAAACGACCUGGGCUUGGACAGCCUGGACGUUGUCGAGGUCGUGAUGGCCGUGGAGGAGGAAUUCAGCAUUGAGAUCCCCGAUAAGGAAGCUGAUGGCAUCCACAGUGUCGAGCAAGCUGUCAACUACAUCCUCUCCCAGCCCGACGAGCCUCUUCAGUCCCCUCUGUGUCGACCUUCUUCUUGCUCCUUAAUCAACCUCGCUCGCUCACCGCGCGCAAAUAGCGGUCGGAGCACCUCUUUGCCUCUGUCCCCCUCCCUCCUAUACCUCUUUCUUCCCGUACAUCGCUUCUCCAUGUCCUCAGGCGGUCUGACACGCCGACGGGGAGGCGGCCGAGCCGGCGACGAUAACGGCGAUGGGAGUCGAGUUUCCUCCCCGGCGCCUAGGAAUGGAUCCGCAUACGACAGUCGAGUUCCUGAGACGUCCUUCGCCGACGGUGAGAAUGGCCACAAAAUCGCUUUCGACCCCAGAGACAUCAGCGAGAACGAGGAGCGGACCAAGCAGCCCAAGCUGAACCUCAUGGAGGAGGUUUUGCUGCUCGGACUCAAGGAUAAACAGGGGUACCUGUCUUUCUGGAACGAAAACAUCUCCUACGCUUUACGUGGCUGUAUUGUUAUAGAACUCGCUUUCCGCGGCCGUAUAAGCAUGCAAAAAGACUCCUCCCGGAGGCGAUUCCCUCUCGCCGAUCGCAUUAUCGAAGUGGUUGACGACUCGCUUACCGGGGAGGUCUUGCUGGACGAGGCACUCAAGAUGAUGAAGUCGAGCGAACAGAUGAGCGUGAGCUCCUGGAUCGAUCUGAUGAGUGGCGAAACCUGGAACCUGAUGAAGAUCGGCUAUCAAUUGAAACAAGUCCGCGAACGCACCAUGAAAGGUCUUGUUGACAAGGGCGUUCUCCGCACCGAGAAGCGCAACUUUCUCCUUUUCGACAUGGCCACUCACCCUGUCGCGGACUCGGGCGCCAAAGACGAACUACACAAACGGGUCCGCAACGUAUGCAGCAAUCGGACUGUGAUCCUUAGCCCCAACCAGUGGCUUCCAGAAGACGUCGAGUUCCGGUACCUGCGAACAAUUGUCAUGGUGUGCGCUGCCUAUGCAGCAAACGUGCUGGAGAACGCACUGACCACGAUGAGCCACGAAUCCCGAGAACGCGGAUUUGCGCAAGUGGACGAGUUGUUGGCUGAAUACUCACAGUGGCCCUUUGGCCGACGGGCUGGUGCUGGUCAGGCUAUUGGUGCCAAUCUUGCCCAGGCAAUCAAUGAUGAAAUCGGUGGAAACGACCGGGAGCUCCAGCUAGAGAUUGUCGCGGCUUGUUUAAGCGUCUUCACACGGCUCGACUCCCUCCUUUAG